GGAAGCGGUGGGUUGAGUCCCAACGCCAACCUGACAGCGGCGGCGGCGACGACGGGCAGUCUUCUUCCACUUUGCAGCGCUCGGCGUGGGUGCGCAUCUUCUCUCUCUGCCUGGACGGCACCCAAAGCCGGACGGACGCCUUUGACUUCCAACGGGAUUCUCUUUUCCCACUUUGGACGGAACGUUCCCGAUCGGCGGCUGUUAAAUCGUUCAAUAUGGCCGACAGGAAGGAGGCGAGCGUCGGGAAGAAGGGCCUGGCGGCCCUGAUGCUCCUGUGCUCUCUCGCGGCGGUACGCGUGACGGCAAGUCUGGAGGUCAACGAAAGUCAGCAGCAGCAGCAGCAGCCGACCAACGUGUAUCACGACAUGGGACACACCAGGAACAAGAUCGUCACGGCCCAGUUUGAGUGCUACCAAAAGAUCAUGAAGGACAACCCUUCCGACCAACAAGAGCCCACCUGUAACCGCACUUGGGAUGGCUGGUUGUGUUGGGAUGACACCAAGGCUGGCGUCAUUUCAGAGCAACACUGCCCGGACUACUUCCAGGAUUUUGAUCCUUCCGGUUAG